AUGGCGGCGACGGCAGCAGGGGCGGCGCCUGGCGACCGCGACGAAGCUACAGCCGCGGUUGUGGACGAGGGCUGGAACCUCCCUACGGACGUCUUCGUGGAGAUCCUGCUGCUCCUCCCGGCGACCAGGCGGUGGCGGCGCCGCAUCGUGUGCCGGCACUGGCGCGACGUCAUCCACGAGCGGACGCCGGCGCCGGAGCGGUGGAGCCAGCCCCUGGCGCUCGUCUUCUUCCAGAACUACGAGGGGCUGAGGGAAGUGUCGGCCUCCGCGUUCGUCAUCGGCGACACCGCCGCGGGAGGGCGCGGCAGAGAGCUGUGGAGGAGCCAGACGGUCCCCCCGGCGGUCCUCCACCGCCACCCGAAGAGAUGGUGGAAGGGCGUCGACGCGUUCGACACGAUGAUGCUCGGCACCUGCAACAGGCUGCGGUGCCUGUGCGACAACACCAGGCCCGGCGGCGCCAUCUCCCUGCUCAACCCGGCAACCGGCGAGGCGCUGACGCUCCCGCCGCUGCCGGGCUCCGCGCAGUGGGUGUGGUGGGGGAUGCAGAUGUCGAGCUGGCACGAUGCCUACACCUUCGCGUACGAGCCGAUGACGGAGCAGUACAAGGUCGUGCACCUCCCGUGCUACCUCGAUCGGAGCGGCGGGUUCAACGCGGCGCAGGUGUUCGCGCUGGGGAAGGCGGCGGCGGUGCCGCGGUCGUGGUGCGAUGCGCCGACCCCCGGCGCGAGCUGCUGUCUCGACGCCGGCGUCGUCAGCGUCGACGGCGUGGCGUACUGGCUAACCAAGGGCGCCGAGCGCGUCGUGUCGUUCGACGUCAGGGAGGAGCGGGUCACGUCCACCAGGGCGCUGCCGGCGCAGCCCAGGCGGCGCUACAGCUGGCACCUGGCGGAGGUGCACGGGCGGCUGGGCCUCGUCUCCUCCAGCGACCUCUGGGUGACGCCGGAGAAGGUCGACGUCUGGGUCCUAGAUCGGCAGGGGUGGAGCCGCCGGCGCGGGGUGCAGCUGAACGACGGGCUGCGGCACCUGACAGCGCGUCCGCACUUCGCGCACGGCGACUACGUCGUCACCGGAAAAGGGGGGCAGGUGUUCGAGCACAGGCUGGGGAGCACGGGGAUGUGUGGAAAAAAUAUACAUAAACCAUCAACUAUUUAUGCAAUUAUUUAUGGUGGGCUACUUCAUCUUAAAACUAUAAAAUCAAUAAAAUCAAAUAUUCUACCCCUAAAUUUUCCAAAACCGAUUAAAUAA